AUGGCCACGUUCUCCAUCGACGAAGAGCACGUUUUCGCCUCGAUUUCAACGGGCGCUCGGAAGUCCCCCUCGGCCAGACCCGGCUGCCCUCGAUCGCCCCCCAGGUUCAGUCCGGCAGUCGGCGGCUCCGUGUGUCAAAGGACGGGAGGCAAGCGUCACGAAACAUGUCAACGCUGCGAACGGCCUUAUGAGCAUCAUGCUAAGGCCUGCCGUGACGACGACGAGUAUCAUGCGGGGAGGGGAGGGGAAGGGGGUCAAGCGUCCGGGCUCGAGCUCGAGCUGUACUCGGCCGCCGCAACGAAGCACAAGACGCGCAUCCUGACCAGGCUCGUGGUCCCAGUUGCCGCCACGCCACCGGAGCGUCAGAAUCAGAUGCCUCAGCCCCGACAGCGCCGUGAGCGCUGCAAAAAGCACGUCAAUGUCGCACGCGUCGAUCUUCGUCGGUUCGACGCCGGGAGCCUGCUCCCAGCACGGCGAAAGAACGGCGAGGUGGAGAUGGCCGCUACCGCUAGGUCUUUUGCCGGGAGCGGCGUCGGCGGCCGCUGGUUAGUGCGAACCACAGGCAGAGGUGGCGGGGACACACGGCGCCGGGUUGGCGGUGCCGGAUGCUACCCUUCGCAAAAGCUUCUCCAGUCUGUCUUUCAUUUCCGCUUCGCUUGGCCUCCCCUCGAGCAAGUGCUACGCUGUGCUGCCGCUCCGAGGUUUACCAUCCACGGACCGAAACUGUGA